AAUGACGUCAUCGCGGCGGCGUGACUCUGUCCUCUAGUUGACGUCGCGUAGCUGCAGCAGCGAGCAGUGUUUACUGUUUACUUCACUUCGUCCUUUAAUCAUCUCCUGACGGACAAUGGCAGGAACUCUGGCGCGAAAAGCCGUGGAUCAUCUCCGCAGUAAAGAGUUCAGAGAUUACCUCACGAGGUCACAUUUCUGGGGCCCGGUGGCAAACUGGGGCCUGCCCAUCGCCGCCAUCAGCGACAUGAAGAAGAGUCCAGAGAUCAUCAGCGGCAGAAUGACCUUCGCUCUCACCUGCUACUCGCUGCUGUUCAUGCGCUUCGCCUACAAGGUCCAGCCCAGAAACUGGCUUCUGUUCGCCUGCCACUUCACCAAUGAAGCGGCUCAGCUCGUUCAGGGCAGCAGACUCGUCAAAUACAACAUGGAGAAGAAGAUGGCCAAGUGAUGAAGGUUGAUGUGCACAGCGCUCACGAUCAAGCUUCUUAGGAGAUCCGCCAAUCUGAUCAGUUUCGACACAAUAAAUAACCGUUCAUAAACAUA